AUGUCAACAAAACGCAAGCGCUCGAAUGAUAGCAACGAAGAUACCACCAAUCCAGCGCGAGAAAAUAAACGCUUCACCUGGCUCAAACCACAAGUGAAAAAUGUCUCCAAACACACCAUCAAAUCGAAAUGGUCUUCGCUACCAGAACCCGCGCAGAGCAAAGUUCGGGAUUUGUUUAGAUCGCUUGAGAGGCCUGUUAUAGUGCGGCAGCGCGAUGAGCGGAAAAGAAUUGAGGCGCAGGUUGCGUUGGGCGGUGUUGUGAAGACCUUGGAGCGACGACUUCCGCGCAUGCCGUUUCCGCCGCUUACGAGGGAUGCUGGGUUUGAUCACGAAUCUGUGCUAAAUGAACAUCGUGUAUUGGAAACCCAACUCUCGACAACACGGAACACAAUCGACCUCCUCAAACUAGAGAUUGAGCGUGAGGAGGCCCUCUUGGCCAAGGAAACGAAAUACGUCGAAGAAAUGGAAAAAAAUGCGAAAAAAGCGGAGGUUGAGCGCAGGCGGCAGAUGAAAAAUGAACACCCCGUUCUACGACAUAUCGAUGAUCAUCCUGGUCACGACAAUAUUUCAACACCUUCCGCGCCGUUUGUGGUUAUUGAUCGGUCAAAGGAGCAAACUGCCCUAUGCGAGAUUGAACCCGAUCGCGAGAUUGAGUCUAUAGUCAUGCAGUUGAAUGGACACCUGAAUUCGAUGCAGAACAAUAUUGCGCCGUUUGUGGAGCUGAGAGAGGCUAUUACGGAGGCGCAGGCGGCUUUGGAUUUUUUGCCUCUUCCGCCGGAUUGA